UCUCCACAGAAACCAGACACAAAAACAUGGCAGAAAUGGAGAAAGAAGGGAGACCUCCGGAAAAUAAACGGAGCAGGAAGCCGGCUCACCCAGUGAAAAGGGAGAUCAAUGAGGAGAUGAAGAACUUUGCAGAAAACACCAUGAAUGAACUCCUUGGCUGGUAUGGCUAUGAUAAGGUUGAAUUAAAAGAUGGUGAAGAUAUUGAAUUCAGGAGCUACCCUACAGAUGGGGAGAGCCGGCAGCACAUUUCUGUUCUCAAAGAAAAUUCUUUGCCAAAACCAAAAUUACCCGAGGACAGUGUUAUUUCACCAUACAAUAUAAGCACAGGCUAUUCAGGGCUUGCCACUGGAAAUGGACUCAGUGACUCACCUGCAGGGUCAAAGGAUCAUGGCAAUGUGCCCAUUAUUGUACCUUUAAUUCCACCACCUUUCAUAAAGCCACCAGCAGAAGAUGAUGUGUCAAAUGUACAAAUAAUGUGUGCCUGGUGCCAGAAAGUGGGAAUCAAGCGCUAUUCCCUGAGUAUGGGAAGUGAGGUGAAAAGCUUCUGCAGCGAGAAGUGCUUUGCGGCCUGCCGACGAGCCUACUUCAAGAGAAAUAAGGCUAGAGAUGAAGAUGGACAUGCUGAAAAUUUUCCCCAGCAGCACUAUGCUAAGGAAACUCCAAGGCUUGCCUUCAAGAAUAACUGCGAACUACUUGUAUGUGACUGGUGUAAGCACAUAAGACACACAAAAGAAUACCUGGAUUUUGGGGACGGGGAAAGAAGGCUUCAGUUCUGCAGUGCAAAAUGUCUCAAUCAAUACAAAAUGGACAUUUUCUACAAAGAGACCCAGGCCAAUCUUCCAGCUGGGCUGUGCAGCACAUUACACCCUCCCAUGGAAAAUAAAGCAGAAGGCACCGGGGUGCAGCUGCUCACUCCAGACUCUUGGAAUAUCCCGCUAACAGAUGCUCGGAGGAAGGCCCCCUCCCCGGUGGCUACAGCUGGCCAAAGCCAGGGCCCUGGCCCGUCGGCGUCCACCACCGUCUCUCCAUCUGACACUGCCAACUGCUCUGUCACUAAAAUCCCCACGCCAGUGCCCAAGUCCAUCCCCAUCAGCGAGACUCCAAAUAUCCCUCCUGUCUCCGUCCAGCCACCUGCUAGCAUCGGGCCUCCCCUUGGCGUCCCGCCUCGAAGCCCUCCCAUGGUGAUGACCAACCGCGGCCCGGUGCCGCUGCCCAUCUUCAUGGAGCAGCAGAUCAUGCAGCAGAUACGCCCACCCUUCAUCCGCGGGCCUCCGCACCACGCCUCCAACCCCAACAGUCCCCUGUCCAACCCGAUGCUUCCCGGUAUCGGGCCCCCGCCCGGCGGCCCCAGGAACCUGGGCCCCACUUCCAGCCCCAUGCACCGGCCCAUGCUAUCACCGCCGCCCGCGCCCCCCAAGAAGCUGCUGUCGCCUGAGGAGCCGGCGGUGAGCGAGCUAGAGUCGGUCAAGGAGAACAACUGUGCUUCCAACUGCCACCUGGACGGGGAGGCGGCCAAAAAGCUGAUGGGCGAGGAGGCCCUGGCGGGGGGCGACAAGUCAGACCCGAACCUUAAUAACCCCGCGGACGAGGACCAUGCCUAUGCUCUGCGGAUGCUGCCCAAGACCGGCUGCGUGAUCCAGCCUGUGCCAAAACCCGCGGAGAAGGCUGCUAUGGCGCCGUGCAUCAUUUCCUCGCCCAUGCUCAGCGCCGGGCCCGAGGACCUGGAGCCGCCGCUCAAAAGGAGGUGCCUCCGAAUUAGAAAUCAGAAUAAGUAAAAGGAAUGCUCACUCACAGGGUACGCUCAUGGAGAGAGGGCGCAGAGCAAACCAUGUCACGCCAUCCAAUGACACCAGCUGGUCAGCUCACCACCCCCUCUGGCUAAAACUCAAGCAAAUAAAGCCGCUUCCUGUCAUUAAGCAUCUCAGAGGAAGCAGCCCUCCCUCGAUGGCCUCUAGCCCAGAGAAGCCCGCGCGUCUUGGACCCACCAAGCAGGCCCAGCCUUCCUGCUGCCACCAUCUCUGCUUCUCCCCAGAGGAACUUAGGGAUUUCACCCCUGGCUUUUAAAAAAAAUGAAAUACCAACAAGCCACAAGGACCAAUGUAGGUAUUCUCCCCGCCCCGUCUUCAAGGCUCAGCGGCUGAGGCUGGAAGAUGAUAUGGAUUGGAACACAAAAAAUCUUUUUUUAAUCUUUUUAAAAACUGCUGUGGUUUUGCUGCUACACUAAGAAUUGUGAUUUGCAUUGUAUGGUUUUGGACCUAUACUGUUCACGUUUUGAUGGCGGAGAGGGGUGGUCCUGGAGGCCCAACGCUUCAGAGUCAUCUCUGUCCUGCCCGGGAUGCACUUUUAAAUGAAGAGUUAGAAUAUUUUAUUGGCUAAUAUACUUUUCUUGUUAUUUUUA